AUGGUUAUGUGCGCAGCAUCUUUUUGGUCAUUGCUUGAUCCUGGAAUAAGGAAUGCAAAAGAAUCGAAAUUAUAUGGUCAACAAGGUCAAUAUGCAUUUAUUCCAAUUACAAUUGGAUUUAUCUUUGGCUCUUUAUUUGUUUAUAUUUCUGAUUUAUGGUUACCAUCUUUUGAGAAUUUAAAUGAAUCAUUUUUCUCAACCGAUAAGAAGCAUGACAAUGACAUAGCGUCCAAUAAUGUAAUUUCUCAAUAUAGAAUCAUCUCAAUGAAUUAUGAGGCAAGACAACGCGUGAGCAAAAAUGUAGUAGCAAAUGGGCAUAUAAUAAAACCACAAAUGAUUCAUUGUGGUCCGGAAGAAGGAGAAACAAAUCGUAUAAAAUGGAAUAGGAUGCUUUUGCUUAUUAUCGCGGUUACCGUUCAUAAUUUUCCGGAAGGAAUGGCUGUUGGCGUUGGUUUCGGCUCAGUAAAAAGUUCGUUAAAUGAAACGAAUGCGUUCAAUAAUGCGAGAAAUUUGGCUUUUGGUAUUGGUCUUCAAAACUUCCCCGAAGGAUUGGCAAUAUCCAUACCUCUGAGGAGUUAUGGUAUGACACCGUGGAAAAGUUUUUGGUAA